GGAUCUCUUGAGAGUGUUGAAAUUUUUAAAGAAAAUAAAGGGAGAGUUGAGAGAGAGGUUUUGAAAAAAAAUUUUUUUUCAAGUCUGACAUUGAUAGAAAUAUUAUUUGCUAAAAAAUUGUUGAAAAAUUCUUUGCAAAUUUUUUUAAAGAACAGAGAUUAAUGUUAAAAAAAAUUUUUUAAAUUAUUUUAUUUUAAAAGGAGUGGCAUUAUUCAUUUAAAUAUUUAAAUUUUUCUUUUAAUAAAUGCUGCAACUCUACAUUAAUUAAAAAAAUUUUUUUUUGAAAUAAUCAGGAAAUGAGUGAGGAUGAAUUAUUAAGAAGUCGUUUUUGGUUAGUUGUUUUUACGGGUGGUUUAUGUGCUCUGUUUGGAAUUUUAGCUAAUGGAUUGCUCACAAGGCUUUUCUUGUCUAGUCCAAAUUUUCGAUUUUCGCCUUUCUUCUUUCUUGGAUUUGUUGCGUUGUUUGACACUUUGUUGGAUGCUAUUUAUGUUUUUCUUUUGGUUAGUUUAUUAAAAAAUUUAAAGAAAAAUCAAGACAUUUAA